AUGGCAGGGUACAACAGGACUCGCGAGGUAGAAGAACUACUCGCAAGAGCAGAAAACCAGCCCCCUUCGUUUACGGUCCAUCUUCAUCCGGAAUACUGGGCACUCAAUAACGGUUCCAAGUUUCUGUACAAUAACCAUAUCGCGUCCCUGCUUGAUGAUAUUAGAGCACAUAGAAUACCGGUGGACUUUCUCUCGCUGUUUGACACCGCGCGUGUGCCGUUUUACGAUGGGUGCAUGAUAGUUGAGCUGCUCGACUACAGACCGCAGAAGAACAAGGAUCCGUCGCCCGACAAACCGGAUCGCACCCGUGUCGUUCUCCACCCUGAUUCCGAGACACUCUGGGCGGACAUAUGCCUUCUUAACCAGAAACACGAGAAUAAAUGGACAGACGCGGAUGCGCUGGAAGUUGAAGCCCGGAUACUUCUUGCAACCGCACCCCCUCUAUGCCUUGACCCUAACCCGCAUCUUACCCGCAUCGCCAACCACAUCCUUCGAGUUUCUACACCUACCGUGCCACUGUCGUUGAAGCGUAAGGCCGCCGAGCUGGAGCGCGAAGAGGAUGAGGUUGACAAGACACGUCGACACAAACUCAUGUCAUUCAUGAAUCCUCGGCCGAACACAUCGCACACGCAUAACUUCCGUCUACUCGACAUUAUCCAGCGUCAGAAACAAGAAAAGGAGACAGCAGCAGCAGCAGCCCAAUCAAAUAUGCCUAUACCGAACUUAUCUAUCAACGCUACGCCCGCCUCUGUGCCUAAUGGGCAAACAUUCGGUCGCCAACAAACGCCCUUGCCCGCCAGUCCUCAGAAACCGCCCACCGCGCUCAAGAAAGAUGGGCCGGAGGGGGCGAGAAACUCAAAUUCCCCCCACCCCAAUUCUGCGACUCAGCAGUCGUAUACUCAACCAAACCACGUAGCGCCGUCUCCCAGCGCAGCAUCUCCUACGCAUCAAGCCUCGCCAGCGAACGGACCAUAUACCAACGGCGUAGAUGUCACCCAGAGAACGUCCACCCCUGCUCAGUAUGCACAACCUCCGCCUCCGCAACAACCCACACCCAUCCCCCGCCCUCCCUCAUCGCAGCCCACACAACCCACACAACCUACACAACCCCCGCGCCCCCAGUCUCGGCCUCCGUCGCAGCCUCAACAAGGGAACAGACCUACGCAGCCAAUGCAAUACCCCGCUGGUACCGCUGGGCACUUUAUCCAAUCGCAGUCGCCCGCGCUACGCAGCGCACAAGCAAACACGCCUACACCCCAGCCGCCGCCUUCCGUUCAGGCCCAGGCCCAAGCUAACGCUCAACUCAUGUACCAGAUGCAGCAGAUGCAGCAGCAGCAGCAUCAUUAUCAGGCGAGAUUAGCCGCUCAACAGCAGCAACAGGGUGGACGAUCAACUCCGCAAGCUGCAAACGGACAGGCUACCGCCGCCGCUGCCGCCGCCGCUCGCGCGAGCCCUCAUAUUGCCAAUCAACAAUUGGCAGCUACUCGAUCGCCGAUGCCGCAGCCUGCGCAACAGGUACAAAUGCAGCAGCAAUUGGCCCAGUAUCCACAUCUACUGCGCCAGAACCCUGCUCUUGUACUUGCCGCUGCUGGUGGUGCGCGCGCAUCGACGUCUCCCCUUCCUCCCGGCGCCGUCCAACAGCAGCAUCAGCAGCAACAUCAACAGCAGCACCUCCAAGUCCCUCAAGCGGGCCAAGCAGUGGUAAAUGGUCAGCAACAACAGCAGCAGCAGGUCCCGAUGGUCGCGUUUUCCAUGAAUCCGCAGAUGUACAAUUACGCUCAAAUGAUGCGUCCGAAUAUGAAUAUGCCGUAUUGGAUGGGGGGAAGGCUGGUCAACGGGAUGCCCAACGGUCAGCCUAUGGCUAUGCCUCAGGGAAUGGCAGCACCGAAUGGAAGCAACCCUCAGGCCCUUGGCGUAGGGAAGCCUGGUGCCGGGCAGGCGCGAUAA